CCUCGUUUUCCCAUUGGCUCCGUGACGUCAGCCCAGCGCAGGACUCUCUCCAGCAGCGGCGCGUCCUCCCUCAACAAACGCGAGCAAUGCGCACCGAACGCCAGCGAAACGCGCUCCGCAGACCGGCGCUCGCCGUGGAUUAAACCGGGGAACUCUUCAAAUCAUGACGGAGACGGCGGAGAAGUGAAGCCCGAACGCGUUGAGCACGCAGCGCGCUCUGAUUUCGCGUACUGGACGCGCAGUAUGCAGGAGCCCAGCUGAUCGAGACUCGAACCCGCAGCGUUUAGAUAACCCCACGAACCACUGCUCGACUCCACAACCAGAAACAGCUCAAAUUAGCUCAUUAGUCCGGCUCGCCAAUUAAUUAAUGAUGGCGGGGAAGCUGACAGCGCAGGGCGCGGGAAUCCUGCUGGUCACCGCCAACGUCGGCUCGCUGUUCGAAGAUCCGGAGAACCUACAGAAGAUGUGGCUGCGGGAGUUUUGCCAGACGGUUCAGACGCACCGGCCGCUCUUCGUGGCUCUUCACUGUCAGGAGGUCGGAGGGAAGAACUACGAGGCGUCCAUGACACACGUGGACAGCUUCAUCAAAGAGCUGCUGUCCAGUGACGCCAUGAAGGACUUCAACCGCGCUCGUGUCUACCUCGACAAGAACUACAAAUCCCAGGAGCAGUUCACAGCACUGGGAUGUUGCUACUUCAUCCACGAAUCCUUGAAAAACAUCCAGCAGUUUGAUUUCAAAGUUAAGAAGUUCAGAAAGGUGGUUGGGAAGGAGGUGUGUUCGGACGCUCUUCCGAGCACAGCCACGCUGGAGAAAGAGAAGUUUCCUCAGGACUAUUUCCCUGAGUGUAAAUGGUCCAGAAAAGGCUUCAUCCGAACCCGAUGGGCGCUGGCUGACUGUGCGUUUGACCUGGUGAACAUCCACCUGUUUCACGACGCAUCUAACCUGGUGGCGUGGGAGAAGAGUCCGUCGGUUUACUCUGGAACGCGGCAGAAAGCGCUGGGCUUCGUGCUGGACAGGAUCACGGAUCAGCGCUUCGAGCGGCUGCCGUACUUCAUCUUCGGCGACUUCAACUUCAGGCUGGACUCCAAGCAGGUCAUUGAGGUCAGUCGAACGCUCUGUGUGUCACAAACACUCACAACGGUGAGAUCCACCGACACCAAUGAAGUACACAAAAGGUUGUUCACUGAAGCUAAUGAAGAUCUGUGUUUGUUCUCUGUCCUCUCACAGGUUGUCCUCCAGCUGGAAAAGAAGUUAUUUAACUACAUUAACCAGGAUGUUUUCCGGGAAAACAAUGGGACGCAGCUCUUAGAGUUCGACAGAGAGCUGUCUGUGUUUAAGGAGCGUCUGCACGAGCUGGACAUCUCGUUUCCUCCGAGUUAUCCGUACAGUGAGGACUCCAGUCAGGGAAAGCAGUACAUGAACACUCGAUGUCCCGCCUGGUGUGACCGGAUCCUCAUGUCCGCCUCGGCCAAAGACCUGCUCGUCAAGCCAGAGAAUGAGGAGAAAUCAAUAACAUACGACAACAUCGGACCCAGCGUGUGUAUGGGGGACCACAAGCCGGUCUACUUGUACUUCCGGUUAAACACAGGAGCAGGUAAACCUCACGCAAACAAGCACAAGUGUUGUGUCCUGCAGUGAUCCGGUAAAUAUCUUCUUUUACUAUUCAUUUAUUAUUAUUAUCCAUAUGACUUUAUAAUAGCCGUGUCUGAUUC